AUGCUCGGUUGGUUCACGUCAUUUCGUGAGCAUGGAGCACCGACUUUUUACGGGGAGAAUCGAACACCGGUUACAAUUGAUACUCAUAUUGUGGGACUUUUUUCCAUCUUUUUGGUGCCAGCAGUAACGUUUCUAAUAAUUCUUCCUGGAGUUCGAAAACAUCGUCUCUCGUCCACUUUAUCUUUCCUCUUCAAUAUGUACAUUGGAGCAACGUUACUAGUAUCCAUGUAUCAUCCAUGCUGGCAUCGCGCUGAAACACCGAUAUCCACGACUUACAAGGCAUUUUCUAAUGCUAAAAUGGAUGCACAUAUCCUCGUCCGCGUUGGUCUACAGUACCUCAAUAUUUCACUAAGUACGAGCGCUACUCACGAAGGAGAUAAUGUUGUGGUUCAAGAGGGAAUCCUGUACAAUGAAAGAUUCAGUUUUGCCGAAGUGAACAAAAUGGAAAAGGAGUUAUCGAAUGCACUCACCAAAGGUCUGCCCUUCCCCAUCCUUAAGAUUAUUGAAUAUUUAUCCGGUGAUGGAUUCGGAUGGGGUCGACAGUAUCGCGUUGCUGGAUAUUAUACUGCGUGUAUGUUGUGGUUAUCCUUCUACACUUGGAUCAUCUCAUUUGUUUGCCUCGCAUUUCUGCCACACUAUUUCGCACGAUGUAUUUUCUAUACAGGAACUUUUAUUGGUAUAGGUGACUUAAUUUUCGUGUUGAAUAUACCUCGUCAUAUGUAUAUUCGAUUUCCAACCCAAUAUGGUGAUAAUCUCCUGAAAUUCCGACUUUCAAUAUGUUUUCAUGCAACAUGUGUUGCUGCUGUGCUGUGCAUCCUUGUUGGUGGCCUCUUGUGGAUUCUCGAAUCAAAGAACAAAUAUCAUUUCGACACCAUCUUCUCAGCUCGUCGACAUGCUGACGGAAGUGUCGUCGACGUCCAUCGUGAUGAUAAGAGCAUAGCGACAAUCCUUAGUGAUCAUAGUCAAGUGUCUUUGGUACAGUACACCUCGAAACCAUCGAAUCUAUCAUCAAGUCAAGCGUCUUCUGUAGCUUCUAGUGUUUGCUUCUAUCCAAAUCCAUGCGGAACACCUACUCGGUUCUAA